AGUCAGAGGGCUGCUGCAAGGACCAGGAGCAGUCAGUGCUUGGAGGAGAGGCCUACAAGAAACAUCAAGAAGCUUAAGACUGAGUCGUCUAGCUCUGUCACUUGGUGCCCAAUGGAAACAGCAUUUCCAUGUGCCAGCAGUGCUUGCUGAAACCAAGAAAUCUUUACCAGCAGCACAGCACCACCAGGAGUAGUGUGGAGAAGAUUCUGAGGAAAUAAAUACCCAGGGGAAGCUGGUUCACCUCAGCACCUCAUUGUCUCCCAGAACUCCCUGUGACUAUUCCCCACAGGCCUCCCAGCAAAAGGAAGAUUUUAAUUGCUAUGAGGAAGAAGGAGAAAAAGCAAGAUGGAAAUGAGAAAUGCAAGUGCUUACAGAUACUUGCAGAGUCCAUAAUGGGAGAAGACUGCAAAAGGCAUUAACAAUGCCCUCUUUCCUUUUUCCCAGCAUAAUUCAGAUGGGAUUAUGGCAGUGCUUAGCUUUCCAAAUGUGAUUUUGUUACAUACAGAGGUGACUUCAGACUUAGAAAUCUGCAAAGUCUGGUCUGGAAUGUCUCGGCACAUCUACAGACAGCUCUUGAAGAAGAAGGCAGUGGAUAUCGGAUUUGGGAGUUUUGCGGUUAUCCCAGUGCACGCCAAUGUGGCAGACGGCAAGGUUUUGCCUGUUGAGAGACCUAUGUUCAUUAUGAACAAGACUCUGAAGAUGUUUUACAACCUUGAGGCUGAUGAGACCAAAAUUCCUGAGGACAUCCCUGUGGUUCAGCCAGACUUUGAGGACAUCGCUGCACACAUCCACUUUCGCCGCGAAAUUGUGGAGCAGUGCGUACAGGAGACCCUGCUUUACUUUGCUGGGGCCCUCCGAGAAAACAAAGAGGUGGAAUUCAACUUCAGGACCAUCGGUAUCCUCGCUGUGCGUAAAAAGGUGGUUACCAUGACCUUCUUUGAUAGCUGCGUGCUGGAGAUGGAUACAACAGGGAACAUGCUGACAGCCCUUCUUGAGGACCCCGACAUGAUGAGUGCCGUUGCCUUUCCGGGCCAAAACAAUUUUAGUCGGGUCAGUCAAGACGAGGUUGUCAUACUGCCAAGCUUUGUGGCCGAGGCCCCUCACCAACCAUCAGACCGGCUGGUGUCCCUGAAGCCCAGGAGAGAGUCAGCACCGUGGGGUGGGGGCUGCCGCAGAGUGAGUGUGCUGGAUCCAGUGUUCCUGGCUCGGAAGAGGGUUUCUCAGGCCAGUCAGCAGUCGGCGGAAACGGAUCACGGUAGAGACAAGGAAGCUAUCCUGGGGUACCUGCCUGCAAUCCUGGAGAGGACCCAUGUGAUGAAGCGCCCCACCUCUCCAACUCAGCAGGGCCUGAAGGUCUCUGCAAGUGCUGCCCAACGCUCAAAAGAGGGGAAGCACCCCAUCUUUACUGAGAAGGAAGAAAGAGAGCUGCAGCUGCUGCUGGCGUCCAAGCGCCAUGAGGUGGAGGCAGACGUGUAUCGCAAAUACUUUGGCAAUCGAGCAGCCACUGAGCGAGGAAAGACCUCCUGUCCCUACGUGUUUGAGGAUCCCUAUCGCCCUCCCCACGUCCUGAGGAAGGCCUACGCUGAGAAGCUGAAGGAGAUGAGGCAGCAGCAGGAGGAGGAGUCUCAGCUCUCUGGGAAAGUUCUGGAAGACAAGGGUGUGCAGACAGGUCUGUUGGAACGCUGAGGAGAAGGCCCAGCAGCUGCCAGCCCUGCCAGCAAGCUGCAAGCAGCCCUGCAGAGACAAUUGUCACAGAAUUCCUCCUUUCCAACUGGAGAGCUGCCAGGAUUGGGCGGCAGGGGCAAGGACUGCCUUAGCUAAGGAGAAUGUGCCAAAUAAAGGUUGCUGGUACCUGAAUUCCAUUAAAGUGAGCCUGCUGAUG